AUGCAUCGUCUUUUUACUGAGCUGGAGCCAUCUAUUACUGUCACCGAGCAAAACCUGGCAGACCGAGUUCGGUAUAUCUUACGCUCAAAUAUAUUUGAUGGCGCCGAACUCGAACGGCUACGACGUGAGGCUGUUCCCUCAUCAAAUGAAAACGCUACGACUGAGGGUGCGGUGCCACAAGUUGCAGAACAACCCGCACACGUGGAUGCCGCCGAGAAUACCCCAGUGGUUGCUGAUUCAAAUGAUGAUGGAACAUUCACCCAGGAACUAGAAAUAGAGCAAAUGAGGAGUACAUUGGAAGAGGCGAUUAUGGAAACGCGCAGUACGCCUCUCGAAAAUCGACCGCGACUUCCCCGCAUAGCCCUAAGCAAGCGGAAUCGGGCUGUCGUGAGGGCUCUGAACCCAAUGCUGGUGACCUAUUUGGAAGCCAGCCGGGACCUUUGCGAGACGGACUCAAUUCUCUUUGGCGCCGCACUGGCAGUCUGCCGUAUUAUAGGCGCCAAACUUUCCACGGCUGGACGCACUACUGGACAAAGUAGUGCUAUCCCAGCCUGGAGAACAAGAAUUGAAGAACGUAUCGCAAAGGCUAGGGCCCUCAUCGGCAGACUGAUAUGCUUCAGGUCAGGCAAUACCAGGCCAAGGAUUGUGCGCACCGUCAGGAUGGCGUUUGCUGGGACAAAUGUUAGUUUGUCCCAGCCGGAUAUAAUGCAAAAACUGACGGAGCGCAUAGACGACCUGAAGCAGAGAAUCGCUGCUUGGGGAAAGCGAAUUCGGCGAUAUACCGAGAGGUCGACACGGUUCAACCAGAAUCGUCUCUUCCAGAGUGAUCAGAAGAGGCUCUAUAAAUCAUUGGAGCGACCAAUGGUAAGUGGAACGGGCCCAGUACCGAAUCAGGCCGACACGGUCGCAUUCUGGCGCAGCCUGUGGUCAGAGCCCGUAAACCACAACGAGGGCCCUUGGACGGAAGUUGUGGCGAGUCAGUGUGCGGGUAUUACGCCCAUGGACCCCGUCACCAUAACGCCGGAUGACGUAGCUGAGGCGGUCCGUAGGGCCCCGAACUGGAAAAGUCCGGGACUCGACGGGCUGCAUCACUACUGGCUGAAGGGGUUCAUGGUGUGUCACUCUGUGCUCGCCCGACAGUUUCAAGAGGCUCUCAACCAGAAGUCGCUCCCGAGCCUCUUCACUACUGGGAUCACCCAUUUGGUUCCUAAAGGCCAGGGUACCACAGACCCGAGCAAGGCGAAAGGGGGAGAAACUGGAGGUUUUGCGUAUCGGGCAAGGAUGCAUCGACUUUUUGCUGAGCUGGAGCCAUCUGUAACCGUCACCGAGCAAAACCUGGCAGACCGAGUUCGGUAUAUCUUGCGCUCAAAUACAUUUGAUGUCACCGAACUCGAACGGCUACGACGUGAGGCUGUUCCUUCAUCGGGUGAAAAUGCUGCGGCUGAGGAUGCGGCGCCACAACUUGCUGAGCAAACGGCAAAUGUGGAUGCCGCCGUGAAUACGCCAGUUGUGGUUGAUUCAAACGAUGAUGGAACAGUCGCCCAGGAACUGGAACUAGAGCAAAUGAGGAGUACAUUGGAAGAGGCGAUUGUGGAAACGCGCAGUACGACUCUCGAAAAUCGACCGCGACUUCCCCGCUUAGCCCUAAGCAAGCGGAAUCGGGCUGUCGUGAGGGCUCUGAACCCAAUGCUGGUUACCUAUUUGGAAGCCAGCCGGGACCUUUGCGAUACGGACUCAAUUCUUUUUGGCGCCGCACUGGCAGUCUGCCGUAUUAUAGGUGCCAAACUUUCCACGGCUGGACGCGCUACUGGACAAAGUAGUGCUAUCCCAGCCUGGAGAAUAAGAAUUGAAGAACGUAUCGCAAAGGCUAGGGCCCUCAUCGGCAGACUGAUAUGCUUCAGGUCAGGCAAUACCAGGCCAAGGAUUGUGCGCACCGUCAGGAUGGCGUUUGCUGGGACAAAUGUUAGUUUGUCCCAGCCGGAUAUAAUGCAAAAACUGACGGAGCGCAUAGACGACCUGAAGCAAAGAAUAGCUGCUUGGGGAAAGCGGAUUCGGCGAUAUACCGAGAGGUCGACACGGUUCAACCAGAAUCGUCUCUUCCAGAGUGAUCAGAAGAGGCUCUAUAAAUCAUUGGAGCGACCAAUAGUAAGUGGAACGGGCCCUGCACCAAAUCAGGCCGACAUGGUCGCAUUCUGGCGCAGCCUGUGGUCAGAGCCCGUAAACCACAACGAGGGCCCUUGGACGGAAGUUGUGGCGAGUCAGUGUGCGAGUAUUACGCCCAUGGACCCCGUCAUCAUAACGCCGGAUGACGUAGCUGAGGCGGUCCGUAGGGCCCCGAACUGGAAAAGUCCGGGGCUUGACGGGCUGCAUCACUACUGGCUGAAGGGGUUCAUGCCGGAUAUCACGCAAAAACUAACGGAGCGCAUAGAUGACCUGAAGCAAAAAAUCGCUGCUUGGGGGAAGCGGAUUCGACAAUUUAGCGAGAGGUCAAGGCGGUUCAACCAGAAUCGUCUCUUCCAGAGUGAUCAGAAGAGGCUCUAUAAAUCAUUGGAGCGAUCAGAGGUAUCUGGAGCGGGCCCAGGACCGGAUCAGGCUGAUACUGUCGCAUUUUGGCGUGGCCUGUGGUCAGAGCCCGUAAACCACAGCGAGGGCCCUUGGAUGGAAGUUGUGGCGAGCCAGAGUGCAAGUGUUACGCCUAUGGACCCCGUCACCAUAACGCCUGAAGACGUGCCUGAGGCGGUCCGUAGGGCCCCGAACUGGAAAAGUCCGGGGCUCGACGGGCUGCAUCAUUACUGGCUGAAGGGGUUCGUAGUGUGUCACGCUGUGCUCGCCCGACAGUUUCAAGAGGCUCUCGAUCAGAAGUCGCUCCCGAGCCUCUUCACUACUGGGAUCACUCAUUUAGUUCCUAAAGAUCAGGAUACCACAGACCCGAGCAAAUACCGCCCCAUCACGUGUCUACCCACCAUAUUCUAUAAUGUGAAUAGCCGUCUUCUUGAUCUCGUCUUGUCAACAACUGAAAAAGUGCUCGUAACAUCUACUGAGCCUUUUACUCGAAUAGAUUCACAUCACCCUCCACUGAAAAUUGUAUUAAUGGAAAAUUUUAAAUUUAAAAAAAUGAAACGUGCACAACCAAUAAGAUACAACUACCGCAAAUGUAAUUAUCCUGAUUUAAAAGAGGAUCUAGCAACUGUUGAUUGGUCUAACUUAUUAAUUGAACUGGAUAUAAACGAGGCUGUCGAUAAAUUUUACUCUGUUGAAAAAGUUAAUUGCAAAACACACACCGCUUGUAAGUAA